CGCCGGGACUCUGACGGGAAUUCUAGGUCCAGGUCAAAAUCAACGAACCAUCUUUUCUCCGGAGUUUCUCUCCAGGCGUGUUGCCCAGAACGACCUUCUGACAAUCGCACAAUCAAACCGAUCACCGAAACAAGGAGAGAUGAUACGACACGCGGAUCACUCUACUGCAGGCAGUGGGGGUAGCGCUUCUGCUGGGCAUGCAUCGCAGCUACAGGCCAACAUCCAGCCUUCGAAUCGACCUGUUGUGCCUAUCAUAUCACAACCUAUAAGCAAACCCAUCGACCUACCGCCACAAUACCGUCCAAGAAAGCCACGAAAACAGGUCAACGUUGCAUGUCAGCCUUGUCGGAAGCGUAGGUCAAAGUGCACGGGCACAGCGCCAUGCUCUCGCUGCGUGGCAGAAGGCAAUGACUGUGUGUUCGACGGAAGAAAGGACGCACAAGAACGCAAUCGCGAACUUCGAAAUAGCGAAAAGGCUUUGUCGAAAGUGUUUCGCGUGCUGAAGAAAUUGGAAGCCGGCGACUCGACAUCAGCAGCAGCAUUUUCUCAGAUCAGACAAUUGGCGCAGAACAAUACCGAAUUCUCGGCAUUUGCUCGUGAUCUCUUUAAUCUGGACGAGAAGACGAGUGCCUUCGACUUUGCCGACUAUGAUGGUGGAAGUGGUGGAAGUGGAUCUGACAAUUUCGUUCUUAAACGUGAGGAUGAAUCUCGAGGAUCAGUGAGUUGGUCAAAUAUAUCGCCAGCGCAGACUGGAGGAUCUGGUUCCACUCCACACUCAUCAGUCGAGAGCAGACGUAGUCCGCCCGAUGUCCGCAUGAGUGACACUACGUUAACAAGGUCACGGCAUAACUCUGCAAGCACACAUCCUUACGAGCGGCGCUCCAAUGUCGGCUUGAGGUCUGACUUUGGCAACCUGCCAUUCUCCAGUGCCAUCAAGGCAAACGGUUAUCCUGAAAACAUCCAACAGCAGCAACUCAAGAACCUCGACGCCACUGCCGAAUAUAGUAUGCUACCACUCCACACCUUUGAAUCUGAGGCACUCGGCAGAGCAUAUCUGAGUUUCAGAGAUGCAACGUUACAAAUGAUCGCAGAUGGCAUGAACGCUCGUGAUGUCUUGGGCACAUCGGAUCUUAUCAAUUUGGACCUGUACUUCCGCGACCGUAUACCGGAAGAUGGACACUCGGUCAGCACAUUUGUCUGUGAGAUGAUGAAGAGUCUCGCCAAUCCGGACGUCUUUGCCAAACUGGCAAGUAUGGUCUUGUUGGCACCUCUGUUGAGAUGGAUAUUGUUUCCUACUUCCGAACACUACCGCAGAAUACCUGCACUCAUGCGACCCUUACCCAGCCAGAGAUUCAUACCACACAGUCCAGCUCUAGAUCUAGCACCACAUCCAGCAAUCCGCGGCGUGCUAAUGACAGCCUUCAACGAAGACUGGCUAACACCCGAAAACCAAGUCACCGCAGCACCAAUAAUAAAUUGGAACCACGGGCUGGACAGAGCAGUGUGUCACGAUCCCGUAGCCGGAUGCCUGCGCUUCACAAAAGAAUUCGAAGAUCACGUGUGCGAUGCGAAUAAUUGGACUUUUUCGAAACGCGUGCUUGAGGUCUUUCCUGGUAUCAGGGAGCAUGGUGCUAUUAUCGCUCCCAGGCCUGGAGAAGACUGACAAAGCGCCAAAACAAACGACACUCAAACGGGAGGAGAAAAUCGAGAUAACUCCAGCAGAAGCGGAAAAGAACCAAGUAACGCGAGAAUGGAAAGACAUGAUAUCCCUAUGGGAAAGGGCCAACAAGGCAAAAGCGUCGAAACGAAGUUAGCGACAUUUGAACAGGGGGGAGGUCCUCACUUUUUCGGAUCAUGGAAGGGGGAAUAACGAGGACUUUUUGCCAACUGGCAAACAAGAGCCUUGACGACUUCUCUAUAUAAUGCACCUGAACUAUUUUAGCUACUAGCCCAUCACCUUUCACAUCUUCAAGAAGAUUGUAAUACACAAACCAAACCUCGAC